UUUAUAUUUGCAAAGUAAAACGGUACGACUAGUAAUUGAACCGGUCUCGGCGGUUCACCGGUCGGUCCGGUUUUUAAAACAUUGGUACUAGUAUUUCCUUCAUUGUGGUCAAUUGGUCAUGUCCUCGAAAAAACAAAUUGGUUUUUUGAAAAACUAUUUAAUCUCAUUAAAAUAAACACAAUGUAAAAGUAGUGGACCUUCAUCAGUGGAAAACUGGAAACUCAUCGAGUUAACCCAGGCAUUUCCAUGUAAUUAUUCUAUUUCUGAUUCAGCUUGUCUACCUCCAUUUGCUAAAAUGAGAAGAAGAAAAUUGGGGAAUUUGAAGCUGAAGAACCGAGUGAAACUCGUGUGCGCGAUCGUGACCGUUUCAUUCUUAAUCACACAGAUCUUCACUGCGUUCCAGCUCAUAAUCGUGCCUCGAUUGACAACUCCUUCAACCAAAACAACCGAUCUCUCCAAGCGCGCGAGCAUCAGCGAGUUCGGGGAAACGGUGAUUAAGUUGUUACCUGAAGAUCUUGCGUUCACGCUGUUCCUGCCGUCGGAGGAAGCGAUCCGGCGCGAUCUCAGGCUGAAGCGGAACGAUAGCGAUUCCUAUGCGGUGCUGACGCGGGUGAUGGGGUUUUCAUCGGUGCCGAGGUGGAUUUCGUCCGGCGAUUUGGAGAUUGGGAAGGAGAAGAGCUACGAUUCGAUAUCUGGAUUGAGUUUGCGUGUGAGCAAGGAUUUGAAUGGAAACGUGGUGGUGAAUGGAGUGGUUUCGGAGGAGGUAGAUUUGAGAAUUGGGGAAAUUAUAGUGCAUGUGAUGGAUGGAGUAGUGAUGGAUGCUGAGUUUGAGCAAUCGCUGCGACCCGAUGAUGAUGAUGAUGAUUUCGACUAGUUUUAUUUUUCUUUUGUUUGGUUGAUAAUUAUUUGUAAAGGAAUUCUCGAAUUCUUUUUUGUUAGUAAAGUUUUGUUUUGAAAAGA